CGUUUCCCCUUCAUUGUUGUACUUUCGCGUCUAUGACACGCCUCUUCCGGUUAGAGGAACGAGCGUGGAAAAGAAGAAACAGAAUCUUGAUCUCAAUCCAGCGGAAAGAGUCGACGGCGGGUUCGGAUGCGGAGUUAGCCCGGUUCGGUUGGAUGCGCUGAGCAUGGUCAAGUGUGUUGUUUCCGGCUGUCGGAACCGGCUGCUCAACGGCAACCGGGGCGUCUUAAACCGACCGCUGAAGAGAUUCUUCCCAUUCCCAAAAGAUCCGGCAAGGGUCAAGGUAUGGUUGGCUGCGCUGCGAGAGACAGACAAGCAGGAAGCGGCGGAGCAGCACUUGAUCUGCGAGGAGCACUUCCUGCCGGAGGACAUCUCCAGAAACGGCGUCAACAGCGACGCCAUCCCCAUCAUGCCCCCCUACCUGGACGGACCCCUCGGCGGCAUCGGCGCCUGGACGGUCGACUCGUCCGAGGAGGACGACCAGUGGGGGACCCCGGGUGGCGAGGAGGAGGAGGAGGAGGAGGGGGAGGAAGAGAUGGAGGAAGAGAUGGAUGGAGGUGACAGUGUAGCCCCUGUGAGACCUCCUUCUCCACAACCUCCUCAGCAGGUUCCAAGUGAACCUGUGCGUGUUCCACCUCAGGUGAAGAGUCCAAGUGUGGACCUUCAAUCCAAAGAGGAUCUUCAGACAGAGGAGCCACACGUAGCUGCUGUGCUUCCAAAUGUCCUCCCAGAAGAGCCGCUGGUAACGCUAACACGCCGGCUCCUGGAGCUCCUCCUGUUGUCUCCAGACAACUGGCUGGACCUCCACCAGGCAGCCAACAGGCUACAGACCCGCAAGGGUCAGGUCUACGACAUCAUCGGCGUGCUAGAGGGCCUCAGUGUGGUCCAGAGGAUAUCAAGUAGGGCCAAGUGGAUAGGGCAGUGUCCAAUCUCACACUUCAUGUGGAAGACUGUGCCCGAGUUCAAGAAGGAACUGGAGAGCUUGAAGAUGGAGGAGAGCACGCUGGACAGCUUCAUUAAAAACUGCGCUCAGCAGCUCUUUGAUAUGACGGAUAACGAGGAAAAUGCAAGGGCGGCCUACAUCACGCAUGAGGACGUCAGCCGGCUCGCUGCCUUCAAGGAGCAGACGGUGAUCGUGAUCAACGCGCCGGAGGACACCAAGCUCGAGGUCCCGACGCCCACACAGGACAACAUCAAGAUGCACAUGAAAGGCGGCAAGGGUCCCAUCGCGGUGAUGACGUGUGACUUGGGCACGGGCGGCGUGCCGGUCAAGGAGGAGAUGAGCGGUUGUUUCAUGACGCUGGAGGAAAGUCGCAUACAGACGCAAACGUUGCACACGCACAAGACUUCCCGUUAAGAUGAGAAUUUUUUUUUUUUUUUUUUUUUUUUUUUUUUUUAGGGGGGUUUCGCAGGGGACAGACAUUUGGAAUAUCUGAGGGGAGACAUGCCUGAUUUCUUGCUUUUUUUUUUUUUUAAUGAACAUUCACCACUGCAGACAAAAAAAAAUGAUCUGAGGAAAAACACCACUGCUGCUACAUGCAGGUUUUUUGUCGUCGUUAAGUUUUUCUGUCAUCGCAUGAAUUUUAGGAAGUGUUGUCACCUUGCUGGCUACAAAAAGGUCUUGUCUUCACAGCAAUUCUGGGAAAUUGAACCAAAGCCCUUUCCAGGUAUCACGUGGGGAUGUUUUAAGUUUGUUUUUUUGUUGUAUUUUUUGGGGGGGAGCAAGAGACUGUCAUAAUGUGUUUCAAGAUGCCUUUUUAUUCAGAGUGAAUUUCUUCCUCAUCAUCAAGCUGACAGGCCUUUCACAAACUGCAUUCCUUAACAUAUAUACUUCAUAAAUUGCAUAUAUUUAAUUUCAAAGAUGCUGUAAAUGGAAAAAAAAAUAAACCCCAACACCAUGUGAAGCUCCAGACAUUUAACUCGGUAGCCAUACAAACUCGUUCAGUUACACUAUAAAGUUGCUCUCUGUAUUAUUUAACAAGUAUAUCAUGGAAUAAAUUUUUUUUUUACAAAUCUGGUUAACUAUGAUGCAUUUUUUUUUUUUUUGUCUUUAGUUCAUUUUUUUAAAAUUACUUCUGGUUGUAUAUCAGUUUAAUCUUUGCGGGUGAGCAAAAUUAUUUUUCUAAUACUGUUGGUGAUAAACCAACAUAAUUGGUUGUAGGAAAUCUAAAUUUAAAAAUAAUGUAAAUUUGUUACGGCUUUUUAAAGCCUACAGUUUUAUUUCAGGUUUUACUGGUUUAUACCUGUGGUAGCCUACUUGGAAUUCGAUUUUUGCAAUGAGGGUUUACAAAUUGCCUUUGUAUUACUGUUAUUGGUUGUAAAUGGAAAGUUUUGUGAUUCUGUAAAAUAUACAAGAUGAAAAAAUAUUUAAAGUCAUCUCUUCAUGGUUCUAUUUGUGGUUCUAUGGUUCGUGU